AAGAUGUCAUCUCUUGGCCCCUGGAAAAAUGAGACAAACCUGAUCCUGCAACAAGUUGGGUUCCAGGUACAGAAGAUCUACCCAUUCCAUGAUGGCUGGAACACGGCUUGUUUUGUAAUCCUGGUGCUGUUUAUCCUGACUGUACUAUCUCUGAUCCUGCUGGCGUUCCUUUAUGAAAUGCUGGACUGCUGCUGUUGUGCCAAACACAAGACAGUCAAAGAUCUAGAGAACGAACCGAACCCAGUAAGAGCUCUCAUGAGCAGCAUGAAGAAGCGGAAAACGGAGGUGGUGUAGCAGUGGCACCUAGCAGAGGAUGGCCCACUAUUUGGCUUAGAGGACAAUCCAUGGGCAGAUGUCAUUCCCCCCCAUCUGCUUGUGACAGCACACACUUAUCUGUUCUACUCUUUCAUGUGAAUCGUUUACCGAACCUUACAAGUUGUCUUACCAUAGACUCUUCCUAGUUUUGUUGCAGGUUGUACAGUCAUAGUGGAACAUCAUGCAUCUAUUCUGCUGGAUUGCCCCAUAACUCUUGGUUCGAUAAUAUAAGGACAUGACA